AUACCCUCCGGGAGAUGUUAUCGCUCCCUCCGCCUGCGCCUGGCCGUUCUAACAAGGGGCGCCAGCCAUCACGGGGGUGCCUUGAUUUUGUUCCACCUUGGUCCGAUGUAUUUCAGUUAACUUAGUAACGACGGUCCGUCUCCCCAACCAACCGGUGCACCCACCUCCCUGGGUCGCCAGUGCCACCCUGCGGGGACGGGCGGCAUGGCCGGCCCAAGGCGCGCAGGCGCACUAGCCCCAGCGGGGCUUCCGUGUCUGCGCCCUGGGACCUUUUUGGCGCCGGCCCCGGCGCGAGCGGGGACGGCGGCCGGGAGGGCGUGGCGCGGGUUCGCGUUCCCCGCGGAACAAUGCGGUACAACGAGAAGGAGCUGCAGGCGCUGUCCCGGCAGCCGGCCGAGAUGGCGGCCGAGCUGGGCAUGAGGGGCCCCAAGAAGGGCAGCGACGAGGCCGAGCCCGUCGGAGCCCUGCUGCUGGAGCGCUGCAGAGUCACCCGGGAAGAGCCCGGCACCUUCUCCAUCAGCUUCAUCGAGGACCCCGAGAGAAAGUAUCACUUUGAGUGCAGCAGCGAGGAGCAGUGUCAGGAGUGGAUGGAGGCUCUCCGUCGGGCCAGCUACGAGUUCAUGCGGAGAAGCCUCAUCUUCUACAGGAACGAAAUCCGGAAGGUGACAGGCAAGGACCCCCUGGAGCAGUUCGGCAUAUCCGAGGAGGCCAGGUUCCAGCUGAGUGGCUUGCAGGCAUGAGUGCAGGGCAUGGUGGUUGGCGUGCAGCUGGGUGGGACUGGCCUUUGCCCAGCCCUGAGUUGCUUGGCCAUGCCUGGAUUUUUUUUUUUUUUUUUUUGAGUCAGGGCCUCACUGUUGCCCAGGCUAGCUUCAGUGGUGCCAUAGCUCACCGUGACCUUGACCUGGGCUCAAAUGAUCCUCUUGCCUCAGCUUCCCAAGUAGGCUGGGACCACAGGCACGAGCCCCCACACCCAGCCCUCACACCUGGAUUUUCAGCGGGAGGUUUUUGGUUUGGAGACAUCCAAAGCCUGAAGCCGGUGGGUGUGGGCAGGCGCUGCGUUUUGUGAAACUGCCCAGCAAGCCGCCCUCCUCAGGGCCCCAGGACCCACCCGACUGGCCUGGCACCUGGCACUAUGUGCUGCUGCCGGGAUGUGCGCCCUCCCACGAUGCCCCGCCUGAGUUUUGUGCAUCCAGGGUCUGGUGGGCACCCGGGCUGUGUGGCCCUUCCGCCCUGCACAGAAUGAAUGUACAGGGCCAGAAGAAGCUGUGAAUGGCGUGGGGGCUGAGUCCCCCCACCAGCUGUGAAUUCUGCAGACAGGAGCCCCGGCUGUGGGCCUGGGGAAGUGCCUGUCCUGUUCAAAUAAAGGUACCUCUUUUUCACAGUG